UUUGUGUUAGUUCUAUUUUUCUUGAAGGUGAGGAUAUAAAUAUGAGCAUUUCACAUGCUGCUGAUUCUAUUGGUUUGAAAGAGAUACCAAGAUAUGAAGUUAAAAUUAUUGAGGAGGAUGACUGGAUGAAAGGAGCUCAGUUUGGUGCUGCCUUUGCCAUUGGAGUCGAUAUAGAUUCACAAGCAAUUGCAUCAGCAUCUGAAAAUGCUACUCUGAAUAACAUCAGACCAGACAAGCUACAACUGCACUUGAUUGCAAGCCAAACUUCUUCAUCCUGCAGGGAUGACUGGCCAUCUAGAGUUGUCGAGGGAGAAAAUGCUUUUGAGAUAGACAGAGUCACUCACAAGGAUAAAUAUGAUGUGGUCAUCGCAAACAUACUUUUAAAUCCUCUGUUAAAUCUUGCUGAUCAAAUUAUCUUUUCUGCAAAGCCUGGAGCAAUUAUUGGUCUCUCUGGAAUCUUAAGUGAACAGGUCCAGAACUUAUUACAGAAAUAUUCACUAUUCUUAGAAGGCAUAGAAGUGUCGAAAAUGGAUGACUGGGCCUGUGUGAGUGGCAGAAAAAGAAAGAAUAUAGAUAUAUGCUGAUUCGUUGCUGUAGAUGCUUGGUUUAGGGGUUUAACUUUUCUCAUCCAAUCAUUCUUUGCCGUUUUAAUGCCACCUAGAAUGUUUUACAAGAAGCAGCAUGUUGAUGAUAUACUAGGAAUUAUAGUUGAUGAUCAAUACAUUUUGUUUGUGUUUUGAAUUAUAUAUAUUGACUUGCUUGUUUAUAGUA